UCUAACAUACUCAUAACAUAAUUAUAUAGAUACACCUUAUAUUGUUCCCUAUGAAAAUGAAGAAAUAGUUGCGUAUCCAUUAUUAAUCAAUCAUGAUGAUGCCUUAGACGUGGCUGUUCGUUGGACUUUCUUGACUGUCCAAAACACUAAUUAGCCAAAAAUCCAAACAUUAUUCUCCUUAUCCUUAGAUAAAACUUCCACUUUACCCUUAAUCACCCCCUAGUUAAAUAUUAAUCAAAUCUUAAUUAUAAAAUUCUCUCUUUCAUGACAACUUGUAACUUUUCCUCCCAAAACAUGCACCCCACGUUCUUAACAUCCUUUCUUUUCAAAAAUAGUAAACUAUCACAAAAACAAUCAUCCUACCAAUUCUUUGCCAGCCUAAACUAUGCUUGAAUUUUCUCUUCCCUCUUAGCAAUUUAUCAUUUUUGUUACAAAAAUUUUUUAAAAAAAUUAAAAAAAAAAUAAAAAAAAACAAAAGUCAAACAAAGAUUUCUUCUUCAUUACAAACUUUUCUUCCUCUCUCCUUAAUCUUAUUAUACUUCAUGACACAAAAACAUCCUUGUUGUUGCCAUUAACAAAAUUUUCUUUUUUUUGUGUCAUGCAAAAUUUUUUGUUCCAACCACAAACACAUCCAUUCCAUGAUAGUUAACACAAAUUUAGCUAGGAAGGAAAUGGUGCGCGCGUCGUUGGAGCAAGAACAAGAGAAUUACAAGGCGAGGCUAAACCAAAUUCGAGGAAUGAAUAGAGAAAGUGUUGGGAAUAAUAGCAUGAGGCGCGGCCAUUCACGAAGUAUGAUCCUAGAGAGCUCGAGCGCAGAGGACUUGGUAGAGGAUCCAAGGGGUACCAAAAGUUAUGCUUCUAAGGUAGAACAACCUUUGUUGAUUAGCCAUAGGAUUGGUUCAAGCUUAGAGAAGGAUCAAGGUCCUGGUCCGCGAUCAAGGUUGACCGCGUAUGGUGGAGGUGAUAGAGAUGGCCUUCAGAAAGAUAUGGAAAUGAUGAAGGAGAGGUUUGCCAAGUUGCUCCUAGGCGAGGAUAUGUCUGGUGGAGGAAAGGGUGUGUCCUCGGCUUUGGCUUUAUCCAACGCCGUCACCAAUUUGGCAGCAUCUGUGUUUGGAGAACAGAGGAAACUAGAGCCAAUGGCCCCGGAAAACAGGUCUAGAUGGAAGAAGGAAAUCGAUUGGCUGUUAUCUGUUACCGAUCAUAUAGUUGAAUUUGUUCCUUCUCAACAAAAAUCCGCGAAUGGAACUAAUAUGGAGAUCAUGAUAACAAAACAAAGAACGGAUCUCCAAAUGAAUAUCCCUGCCCUUCGAAAGCUUGACGCCAUGCUAAUUGACUGUCUAGACAAUUUCAAGGACCAAAACGAAUUCUAUUACGUAGCUAAAGAUGCUGAUGAUUCAGAGAAAGGGUCUAAAAGAGAUGAUAAAUGGUGGUUACCUACAGUCAAAGUUCCUACAAAUGGUCUAUCUGAAGUCACAAAGAAAUGGCUGCAGUUUCAGAAGGAUUCUGUUAACCAAGUGCUUAAGGCCGCAAUGGCUAUCAAUGCACAAGUCUUAUCAGAAAUGGAAAUCCCCGAAAACUACAUUGAAUCCCUGCCUAAGAAUGGAAGAGCUAGCCUUGGAGAUGCACUAUACAAAAGCAUAACAGUUGAAUAUUUUGAUCCUGAGCAAUUUUUUACAAUAAUGGACUUGUCAUCUGAGCACAAAAUUCUCGAUCUCAAGAACAGAAUUGAGGCUUCAGUAGUGAUUUGGAGACGAAAGAUGACCAACAAGGAUGCUAAGUCUCCUUGGGGUUCAGCCGUGAGUAUAGAGAAGAGGGAACUAUUUGAAGAGAGGGCGGAGACCAUUUUGAUUAUCAUCAAGCAGCGAUUCCCUGGAAUUUCUCAAUCCCAACUCGAUAUCAGCAAGAUUCAAUUUAACAAGGAUAUUGGUCAUGCACUUCUUGAGAGUUACUCAAGAAUCCUAGAGAGCUUGGCACACACAGUCUUAUCUCGAAUAGAAGAUGUACUGUAUGCAGAUUCUCUUGCUCAAAACCCAUCACUCGCGCAAAAGAAGAGGAAUCCCCUAGCAGAUAUCAAGAUCACUUCAACAAAGUUCCCUAAUGCAGAUGAAGAAAUAGAGAGGCUAAAUGCUGUAGGAACACCGCCAUCAAUGACACUAUCAGAUUUCAUGGGCUGGACUAUGGAUAACGGCGAAGGAGACUUAAAAGCAAAGGAAGGAGCAGGAAAUGAGGACAUAAAAGAUAUAAGUGACUUAAAAGUUGGAAAACUCGCGAACAUUGCAGUUCCUAAGAAGGUAUCCUACCUAGAGAAUUUGGGAGGUUUGAGAAGUCCAACAGCUCGACAUUGACAAGAGACAGUUAAGAUUACAUUCC